AUGAAGCUCCUCCACCCUCGGGCUCUACUAGCUGCCUCGCGGAGCGUGAGGUCAUGUAGAGAAAGCGGACACAUAUAUACAAAACCUCAACACUCAAUAUCCUCACAAUACCUAUUACAGCAAUGCCGCUCCCGAGCUUUCACCACCAAGUCAUCUCCGGCGGCGACCCCAUCAUCAACCACGGACUCCAACCAAGAUGAGCAACCCUCCCUCUCAACGCAAGUCCGCCUCCUCAUGCGCCGAGCCCCCUACCCCGUCGCUAUAAUCACCUCUACCGAUCCAAACCCGCCAACCGCUUCCCCACCGCCCACACCCACAGCCACACCCUCCUCCAGCUACACCUCCCAGUUCCGCGGCAUGACAGUCUCCUCCUUCAACACCGUAACACUCACGCCGCAACCCGUAAUCUCAUUCAAUGUGCGCCGCCCCUCCGAAACACUGCACGCUCUGUUAUCGUCCGGUCGAUUCCUGGUACACCUGCUGGCAACUAAUCAAGCGACCGCCAGCCUGGCGCGGGACUUUGCACGCGGGAACCAGAAUCUUGCGCUGGGGGAGGGCAUGUUUGAGUUUGUGGGGGUGAAGCCUUCAUCUACUGCUUCCGAGACUGGGACAGAGAUUGUUGGUGCUAAAGAGGGCGAGGGCCCUUCAAUACCGCCUCUGCCGAUGCUUCGGCAGAGGAAAAGUACCGACACGUCUAGGUCCGGACCGGGGUCGGAGUCUAACCUCUUCCCGUUUAUAUUCGAGUGUCGACUUCUCCCGGAGAGCGUAGUCGAUGUCUACGACCAUACUAUUGUCGUCGGAACGAUUGUCCGGGCAAUCACCAGCUCCAGCGCUGGCUCCACCUGUGGCAAUGCUGAGAUUCCGUCGGAGGAUCUGUGCUUGACAUAUGCGAACACCAAGUUCUGGGAGAUAGGAAAGGAGGUGGUAUAA